AUGAACGAGAUCGGACGGGUGUCCUCCCCUUCCAUACCGAGUCCAAACGAAUCGAGUACAUUGCCAACUUCUCCUUCUACUACCAGUGCAGCCGAAAGCUUCCGAGCUCGCCACUUUGCUCAGAGACGACUUCUUUCCUGGUGGUUCCCUCGAAUCGACGACGAUGAGACAAAGUCAUGGCGAAUCUGGGCGUCUCGCCGGUCUCGCGCCUUGAUGAUUCAGAUAUUAACCAUCGGAAUCAUUCUAGUCACGAAUCUGUCCGUGACACUCUUUGCAGUGUCUAAAUAUGGUAGCCAAGAUGGCGUGGGGCUGAUAUAUGAAGGCGACUGCAACACCGUCAAGAAGCUUUCUCUUUGGAUUCACCUCCUCAUCAACCUUCUUGGCACAGGAAUGCUCAGCGCCAGCAACUACUGCAUGCAGCUACAAGCUGCGCCGACCAGAGCCAACGUGGAUAAAGCGCAUGCAAAGGGGACAUGGUUAGACAUCGGUGUGCCUAGUUUGCGAAACAUUAGGCAUUUAGGUCGAAAGAGGAUUCUGACCUGGCUUUUUCUUGCUCUGAGCUCAGUUCCCAUCCACCUGUUGUAUAACUCGGCAGUAUUCCAGUCUCUUUCCUCUAAUGAUUAUGCUGUUGCUGUGGUGAAGGACUCGUUUCUGACUGGAAGCCCAUUUAAUUUAACCACAGCGGCGAAUAACGGCGCCGACGAUCCCGGUUGGGAUUACUCCCACGUCAAUCCCGACUACGUUAAUUACUUGACCACCUUUUCGGAUAUACAACGAGAAGCGAGCACGUACAAAGAAAUGAACAUUUCAUCCUGCUUCGACCUAUAUGACGACUACUGGAAACCCCAAGGAAACGUCAUCAUCCUCGUCAAAAACGAGACCGUUCAAAGUCCAUCAGCCGACAGUCUCUUAAUGUAUGUUUAUGUCGUACCUCGAUGGGACGACUGGGGCAAGAACCUGUGGGCAUUGAGCAACGGCACAGGAAAGUUUGUAGCACAGUCAUCGCCAUCUCAACCGGCGGUCACGAAUUGGUAUUUGGGACCGCCGCGCUACGAAGUGUCCCGCUGUCUCGUCCAGGAUCCCACGCAGAUCAACUUGUCAUGCCGGUUUCAGUACUCCCCUCACAUCCUCGUCACGAUAUGCCUCAUGAAUUUCGUCAAAGCGGCCCUCAUGCUCUGGGCGUGGGUGGCGCGGCGUAGAGAUGCAAAGGCCACGGAACCAGUUGAGUCUCAGACUCUGUAUACGCUCGGCGACGCUAUUGCCUCCUUUAUGAGAGUGCCGGACCGCACUACCACUGAUAUGUGCCUUGCGACCAAGGAAGACUUUUCUAGGAAGAGACCGCGGGUUUGUUUUGGAAAGAUGCCUCCGAAACCGACGGAUGCGCCGAGAGAGUUUCGCAAUGAGCCGAAGAUGUGGAUGCAGGCUGCGAGCACGACAAGAUGGAUCAUACUGAUUGCUACGGGACUGUUUGUCAUCCUAAUCGGUGGGAUAUUGCUCAUCGCGGCAUUCAAAAGUCUGCAUCAUCGACAGAUCCCGACCAGAAUAUCAGAUCUUGUCAAGUUAGGGUUCGGCGCAUUAACACCGUACACAUAUCUCGUAACAUCGCUGCCGCGCAGUGAUCCGAACGGACUGAUUUCGAACGUUCUUGUAGCCAACCUCCCCCAGCUGGUGCUCUCCAUCGUAUACGUCAUGUACAACGCAAUGAUGAGCACGAUGCUGGUGCAGCGAGAGUUCAGCCUCUUAUACAAGACCGUUAAGCGUAAGCCACUACGAGUUUCUGAGCCCAUUGGCAUUCAGAGAUCAAGUUAUUUUAUAUCACUGCCGUUGCGAUAUGGCGUGCCGCUGUAUAUUACAUCGGGUGUCAUGCACUUUCUCCUGAGUCAGAGUCUUUUUCUUGCAAGAAUCACUGCUCUGUAUACGGAUGGAACUGUGGAUAGAUAUGCGACAUUUUCUACAUGUGCUUACAGCCCUAUUGCUAUGAUUACAGCCAUGGCUGUUGGAGCCGGCCUGCUUGCCGCCGUUGGACUGUUGGGGCUUCGAAAGUAUGAUGGGACAAUGAGAAUGGUCGCAACGAAUAGUAGGGCUAUUAGCGCGGCGUGCCAUGUUUUAGAAGAGGAUCGUGAAAAUGGAUACUUGAUGCCAGUGCAAUGGGGAGUGGUUAAGAGGUCAGGUGGUGUUGGAAAAUGCGCAUUCACAACAGCCCCUGACGUAGAGAUACGAAUGCCGAAGGAGGGGCUGAAAUAUCGAUAG